AUGGUUGAUAAUUCGAUUGUUAAAUUUAUAAAAGAGACAACGAAUAAACUAUUUGGAUCAUUAACAGAUGUGAGUGAUACAACAGCAACAUUAACAAAACAAUUAUUAUUACAAAAGUUGAUAGCAUCAGGAUUAAUUGAACCAAAUGAUAUUAAAAAAAGUUUACAAAUUGGUAUUGAUUAUUUUCUUAAUCUUAAAUUUAAUUCAUACUCUUCAUUAUCAGUUGAUAAUCAAUAUGAAAUUAUUGAACGUGAAAAAUUUCCAGUAAAUAGUAGUGAAAAUACAACGAAACAUACAUUACCCGAUUUUGAUAUUGAAGCUUAUGCAUUAGAUGCAUUUUAUUAUUUAAUGAAUAUUUAUGGUAAUCAUUCUCAAAAAUUACAACAAUCGAUAAAGAAUGGUGAAUUAGAAGAUUUAGAAAAUCCAGCCAAUUCUGGUUCAUUACUUUACACAACAUCAGAUAAGAAAUUUAUAAUAAAAACUGUUCGCGAUUAUGAAUUUAAAUUUAUUCAACAAAUAUUUUUAAAAGAAUAUUCUAAUUAUAUGAAAUUACAUGGAAAUCAAACAUAUUUAACAAAAUUUGAAUCAAUGUUUGGUUAUAUACCCUAUGUAACAUCUCCAACAGCAAGUUUAAAUGUUGAUUCAUUUACAUUAAGAUUUAUAAUAUUUCGAAAUUUUAUACCAAUAAAUUUAAAAAUACAUGAAAAAUAUGAUUUAAAAGGUUCAUCAUAUGGACGUGAUGCAAAUAUAGAUGAAAACCAAAAUCCUUCCACCACAUUAAAAGAUAAUGAAUUUCGUGAAAAACAUCCAAAUGGUUUAAUAAUAUCAUCACAUGAUUAUAAUCAUAUAAAAGAUACAUUAACACGUGAUACAGAAGUAUUAAAAAGUCUAAAUAUUAUGGAUUAUUCAUUGUUACUAGUCAUUCAUAAUAUGAAUAGAAACGAUGAAAAACAAAAAGAUGACGAUAAUAAGAAUAACAAUAGAAAUGAUAUAAGUGAUGAUGGAAUAUCAGCACUGAAUGAAAAUGGUGAACGUUUACUAAUCUAUUUUGGUCUCAUCGAUUUGUUACAAACUUUCGAUGUAUGUAAAGUAAUUCAACAUCAGUGGCACAGUCUACAAGACGGUGAUGAUGUUGAUAAACGAUCAAUCAAUGAACCAGAAUUUUAUGCUAAAAGAUUUCAAGAUUUUGUAUUUAAUAGUGUGUUUAAAUCAUCCUCUAUUGAUGAUUAA